UAAAGCAUCAUACAAUACUCGUAUACGAUUUUGAAAAGCUUCCUCAAAACCUCCAUUCAUGUACUGCUAAAGCUAUUCGAGCCAUCAUCUAGCACCAGUACCAUGCAGCUCAAACACCUAUGCCUCAUUUUACCGGCAGGGUUCAAAGAAAUCAAUCCGGUUGAUGAUGAACAAGUCCGUAAACCCGCAAAGGAAGUCGAGAAAGAUGCCUAUCGUGGCUGCGGCAACCACGUUCUUGCUUUGAUCCGUGAUUUGCUGUGCAGGGUUUAUGACUCAAAGUGGAUCAACUUUUGUCACCAUGGCAGGCGGAGGAAACAACAAUCUGCAGUGUUUCACGACACAGAUGGGAUACAACUUUCGGACAAGGUCGGGGCAGAUAAUCCAAGGAUCUUUAGCUUUGCUGAGCUUUAUAUAGGGUCUAAGGGGUUUAGUGAGGAUGAAGUACUAGGCAGUGGAGGUUUUGGCAAGGUGUAUAGAGCAGUUCUACCCAGUGAUGGAACUGUGGUUGCUGUUAAAUGCUUGGCAGAGAGAGGGGAGCGGUUUGAGAAGACUUUCGUGGCUGAGUUGGUGGCUGUGGCUCACCUCCGCCACAGGAACCUUGUCCGGUUGCGAGGAUGGUGCAUUCAUGAGGACCAGUUGCUAUUGGUUUACGACUAUAUGCCCAACAGGAGCCUCGACCGCAUACUUUUUAGAAGACCGGAAAAUAUGGGGUCAGCACCUCUCAGUUGGGAGAGGCGGAGGAACAUAGUCAGAGGCCUGGCAGCUGCACUUUUCUAUCUUCACGAACAGUUGGAAACUCAAAUUAUUCACCGGGAUGUGAAGACAAGUAAUGUGAUGCUCGACUCCCAUUACAAUGCCCGGCUUGGUGAUUUUGGCCUGGCAAGGUGGUUAGAACAUGAACUCGAGUACCAAUCCAGCAGACCCUCAACCCAAAAUCAUGACCAGUUUCGGCUGGCAGAGACAACAAGAAUUGGUGGCACGAUUGGAUAUCUACCUCCCGAGAGCUUCCAAAAACGAAGUGUUGCAACAGCAAAAUCCGACGUUUUCAGCUUUGGGAUUGUUGUUUUGGAGGUGGUGUCAGGUCGACGUGCAGUAGAUCUCACACAUACAGAUGAUCAGAUAGUUCUACUUGACUGGAUCCGAAGGCUGUCUGAGGAAGGAAAGCUUCUGCAAGCAGGGGAUUCUCGGCUGCCAGAUGGGUCUUACAAACUUUCAGAUAUGGAGCUCUUGACUCAUCUUGCACUCCUCUGCACACUCCACAACCCAGAAUCACGGCCAAACAUGAGGUGGGUUGUGGAAACACUUUCAGGCAACAUUUCAGGUAAGCUGCCAGCUCUCCCAUCAUUCCGGUCCCACCCUCUAUACAUCUCUUUAUCCUCCCCUACAAACACUAGCACAAGCAAUUCUACCACCACCAGGUCCAUGACACCUAGUACUAGCACAACUGCCACAUCUGCGUCAUCGCACUAUGUGACAGCCACCGGAGAAACCAUAUAUGCAACUGCUGAAUGUGAAAACAGAAAUACAAAUUCUUUGGACAGCAUAUAUCAGCGAUCAAAAAAAUUUCCCUUGGUAGAGACUCCUCGAGAAAUAUCAUUCAAGGAAAUCGUUUCCGCUACUAAUAAUUUCUCUGAAUCCCAAAGGGUAGCAGAGCUGGACUUUGGAACUGCCUACCAUGGCUUCCUGGACAACCAUCACCAUGUCCUGGUGAAGCGGCUUGGUAUGAAGACAUGUCCUGCACUGCGAGCAAGAUUCUCAAAUGAACUCCAGAAUUUAGGAAGGCUUCGCCACCGGAACUUGGUACAACUCCGUGGGUGGUGCACUGAGCAAGGGGAGAUGCUAGUUGUCUACGAUUACUCAGCAAAUCGCCUUCUAAGUCAUCUGCUUUUCCAUCAUGUUCAUAGAUUUGACCACUCUAUCCUGCAGUGGCGUCACAGAUACAACAUAAUCAGAUCGCUUGCUUCUGCCAUUCUUUAUCUUCAUGAGGAAUGGGAUGAACAAGUUAUCCACAGAAACAUUACCUCAUCCGCCGUUAUUAUUGAUCCAGACAUGAACCCAAGACUUGGUUGUUUUGCCCUAGCCGAAUUCUUGACACGAAAUGAACAUGGGAAUCAUGUAACUGCUGACUCAAGCAGAUCAGUUUGUGGGAUAUUCGGUUAUAUGUCACCAGAGUAUAUAGAAUCGGGUCAAGCAACUCCCAUGGCAGACGUCUACAGCUUUGGCAUUGUGGUGCUUGAGGUGGUUAGUGGACAGAUGGCGGUGGACUUUAGGCGGCCGGAGGUUCUAUUGGUGAAGUGGGUCCUUGAAUUUGAGGCACGGAGAAGACCAUUUGAAGAACUGGCUGAUAUAAGGUUGAAUGAAGAGUACAAUCACAAAGAACUUAUGAGAUUGGUAAAACUAGGAAUUGCCUGCACAAGCUCCAACCCACAAUUAAGACCUAGCAUGAGGCAAAUAACAAGUAUACUUAAUGGGAAUGACGACUGCUUUGUGAGUGCAGGGCAAAGAGAGAGCAGGGAAGAAUGGAAAGAAAGAAAUGCAAGCUCUGUGUCAUUAAUCAACAGGAUCCAAGCUCUAGGAAUACAAUGAUAGUCAACGAAGUAACAUUAAGGAGUGAAAAUAGAUAGUGUUAACUGGAUUCUGAUAGCUGAGGAAGUUUCUAUGUGGCUUUUGUUUCUAUAAUUAUUUUGCCCACAGUUUCAUUUUUAAGCUUUUUGUACACUGUUUAGGCAGAUUUUGUUUACAACCAAAAAGAAGCAUGUCUUCUUAUGUACCUUUUGUGAUAAUGUAGCGUGCUCUAGUUAUAUCUAAA